AAAGGUCACGUGAUUGUCACGAGCUCUCCACCAACAAAGAGCCGGAGCAACCGCAACCCAAACCCGAAACAUCGACUCCUUUCCUGGAUCGAAAAUUUUUGUGCCCUAAAAAUUUGGGGUUUUUUGGUUUUUGCGAAAUUUGGUUCCUGGGCAGCUGCGAAACGAUUCCCUGAUGAAAAUGGAUUCAGAAGCAGCGCAAAAAGCGUCGAGCAAUAAUCCGUCGGUAAUGCUCGCUUCUCUUCUGAGCAGGAGAGCCAAGCUUCAAGAUGAACUCCGAGGGAUUGAAAAACAGGUCUAUGAUUUGGAGACUAGUUAUCUGCAGGAUCCAACUCAAUGUGGAAAUGUAUUAAAAGGUUUUGAAGGGUUUCUAUCAUCAUCCAAGAACACUAACCUCUUGAAGCGGUCUAGGAAAUUUCAGCCUGAAGAUAGGAUGUUUUCAUUAUCUUCUGUUACAUCACCAGCAGCUGAAGAACUUGCGGCUGCACGAGAUGAUGGGAGAUCAGACUUUGGUCCAGGUCGGUCCAAAGGCGGCAUAUAUGGGAAUGGGCAAGGAAAGCCAAAGAAGGGAAGACCUGCACCAAGGGACGCGAAAAGAAUCAGACCUUCAAGCGAACAAGAUUACGACUACGAAGAUGAUGCUGAGAUGUCAUAGUGAAUGGGGAACUUAUGGUUUACCUUUCCAUAUGAGCUCUACGCGAGCAAGAGCUGGGACCGAGCGCUUUCGAUUGAGAAAUCUUUUGAUUGUCGAAAGCCAUGCCUAUCAGGCAAGCAAAACCCCCUUUUUCACUUGUGUAAUUAAUCUUAUCUCAGGCUGUAAGUAUUACACCCGAGCCCUGAUAGUAUUUAAGAUUUUUGGUUAUUUCUGCAUAGGUCUUGUUACUUGAACAAAUGUGAAACUUCAAAUAGGAAGAAUAUUUCAUGUGAAGAAUAGUUUUCAAUUUUGCAACAUUGUUUUGAUUUAUUUUCCA